AUGACCCCAACUACCUGUGGCUGUGCUGACGUUGGGAGUAAGUCAAUGGCAGCUAUGGAGCCAACGAUCUUCCCAGCGUCUGAAACGGGCGAGGAGAAUCAGAGUUUGAUAUCUGAUGUACCCGGACGCUUGAAACACGGUGGUUUUGACGACGAUCUUCUUCUGUCCCACGAGGCUCAGUGCGACGUGUUUUACAUAGCAUGGGCUAUCCUCCUCGAGUGUUUCACUGGGCUCGAUAG